GAAAGCGAAGGAGCUGCGCCAGAAAUCAGUCGAUUCCUCAGCCUUUCGCGCCAUCGUGUACUAGCCAUCGUCUCCAAGCUAAUUCCUUUUGGUUGGCAAGCUAUGGUAUCAGGUAAUUGGUCGAGGCUACCUCCGGCCCCUCUUAAUGGGUAUUUGUGUAGACGCGAGUUCGAUGUUUUCAAUGUGUUCUCCGAUAAGAUUAAAGGGGAAGUUGACAGGCUUGGUGCAAUUAUGCCAGCACGGGUCGAGCGUGUGAUGAGGCAGAGCGAUUUCGACCACUACACAAAGAAUGAAUGUAACAAGACUAUGACAUCAUCAAGAAGCCGUGAAGUCUAUGAAGUGGAUCUCCCAAAAAAAUAUGAAGUUCUUUCUGACUUAUUGGAAUCUGAAUCUAUUGCCCCGAGAAUAAAUGCGGCCAAAUUCGGUGAAUUUUCUGAUGAGCAGCGAAGAUUCGACUCAGUAGACCCAAGUAAUUUAUCAAGAUUACCGACUACCAAAAAGAGAAAGGCUUGCAAUAGGAACGGUCAGAGGCCUAAACCACGAGAUAGUCAGCUGAAGCAUGAAGCAUUAGCGACUCAAGGAUGUAGCAUUGGUGGACUUCUAGAUAAGACAAUAAAGCACUUGCCCUUCUCGGUGGAUUUGUUGUUGGUUGUAGACUGCUGUGUAUGUGGACACCCGAGAUCUGUUCUUCGUGUUGCUUUCGUAGAGUCCACUGAUCAAGUGUUGGAAAUUUGUGGGUCUCUUACAUUUGCACAUUAUUUGAAUAUUGAUUCGACUCCUUCACAUUCUUCAAAUUAU